UGUGCUAUAUUUCGUGAAUUGCAAUUGCCCAUUUGGUUACCGGUAGAUGUUUCAAAUAAUACCUUUUUGUAUGCCGUGGCUAAUACAUACGUUGUUACAGGUUACUUGCACGCUGUUUGCGGGCAUCUUUCUGUUGAUAUGCUAAUACAAAGUUACCUUUUAUAUUGUGCAACACAACAUAGGCUCAUUAAGUUUAAACAAGAGAAUAUAGAAAAAUAUUUCAAAAAAAAAACGAAAAGGGUUUCUCAUGAAACGACUACUGAGGGAUUGCUACAGAAGAAAAUUUAUGAUCAAAUUAUUCAGUGCAUAAAAGUGUACGAUGCUGUUUUCGGGUAUGCCGGAGAGAUGGAAGACAUGUAUUCAUUUGGAAUAUUUUCGCAAUUGUUUGUUGUAUCAUUGAUAUUUUCUAUCUGUGCAUAUAGCUUAACAAAAGCAACAUCAUUUGUAGACAUACUAUACAUUUUGUCCUUUACUAUUCCUAUGAUUUUAUCAAUGUUUUUAUACUGUUAUCCUGGAACUCUUAUAAUUGAAGAGAGUACAUCAAUUGGAGAAGCUAUUUUCAAAAGUCCCUGGUACACUUAUGAUAAAAGGACCAAAAUAUUACUGUUAACUUUUGUGGAAAGAACAAAUAAACCUAUUAAGGUAACAGUUGGUAAAUUAGUCGACUUAUCAUUGGAAACAUUUGUUCUUAUUAUGAAUCGAUCUUAUUCACUAAUUGCUGUCCUUCAAAAUUUCUAUUGAAAUCAUAUGAAACUAACGGCUCAUCAAGAAUUAACAAACAACAAUAUGCAGAAGAGAUAAUAGUUUUUACUAUUUCAAUUUUCAGUCUCAUCUAAUAGCUUUUUAAAACUUUAUAGUCAUUUUUGAUCAUUUGUAUUCGAUUAAUUUCGAUCUCAUAGGCACAAAUACUAUAAUCUACACCGUACACUAAAUACAAAGCAAAGAAAAAAAAUCGAGAUUGCUCAAAUUAUUUUAACAGCCUUUAAAAGACUUCAUCUACGCUCAAAGGUGUAGAUUUUUUUGGCUCUAAUAUACUAUGUAGGGCUCUAUCUUUCGUAGUAUUUUCCACUUGUUAAAGGUCACCCUGUAGAUCUAAAGGUAACUCGUACAUUUAAUAUAACACCAAGACGAGUCAGCUGUUGGGGCAGAUGUGCAUCUCGUCGCACGUGCGCAAAUAAGUAAAUUUUGGUUUGAAAAUUGCCAUUCACUUAUAGGCACUAGCUCAAAUGAGGAUCGAAUCUUCCUAGGGUGAAUCUCCCUAGGGUAAAUCCAUCGAAAGAAAUGUUUACACCCUCAUCUAUGAGUAAAUAACCCCUAAAAAAGUUCCAGAAUACCAAAGUCGAUCAUGAAGUUAAACUACAACUAGAGAGUUAGAGAGCCUGUCUUGUUUUGAUGUCCAAUAAAAAUAAAAUAUCGUUCAAAUAGUAAAGUAAUCGAAUUUUUUAUGUGUAAUAUAAUAUUUAUUUCUGCACCUGGACAAAUACGACGUUAGCAUAUUGUUAUCAUAUCUUUCAGAAGCGUGAUAACUACAUACAUUGAGAUAAAUAAACGAAACGAGCUUUACUGGGAAGUUAAACUAUAGCUUUAGUACGGUUAGUAGUUUUUGUUACAAAAAUUAUUCAAAUAAAACGCAUAUUAAUAAAAAAUAUUCUUCUAAAAAAUCUUCUAUUAAAAAGUUGUAAUGCUACGAAAUCAUCGAGCAUUUUGAGGGCUUCAACGAUUUGAAUUGGAUUCGCAGACUGACAAUAAAAAUUUUUCUUGAGAAAAAAAAAGACCUCGUAAAUCGACGCCGCAUAAUAAUUGCUGCCUGUUUUCCUGCCUAUAUCCGUUGGGGAAUAAUUACUAUUGUCCCUCUCUUUAAUAUCAUAAGAGUCGUUUUGGUACGUGCGCACCAGUGGCGCACCCCCAUAUUUACCUACUGAUCUAGGGAGUCUAUAAAUCAUGCAGCAAAGUAAAAUUAAAAUAUAUUGUAAUAAUAGAAAUAGUUUAUAAAUUUUAGGGCAAUGCAUUUAAAGAAGAUACGGCUCGAAAUAUUUUUAGAAUUAGUUUAUUUCGAAUUAUAAAUGAUUAUUUAGUCACUGAUAAAAUUGUU